CAUCGGCUUACAAUAAGUCCAAUGGUUGAUAAGAAAAUGUUUGGAUUAGGUCGUGGUUUUGUUUAUUUUGGAAUUCUGGUGAUUUGUUCUGGGAACCAUUUUCGAGGGGGAACAAUAACAUGGAAGUCAACUGGACAUGGCUUCGAGGUCGAGUUCAGUUCAAAGCUUGGAUGGGCGGCUGGAACACAUUGUUCAAUAGCUACAGUCGGCUCUGGUAAGAAUGGAACGGAGGCUGCGUGGAAUUGUGAAAAAGGGUGUUCCGGAACGCCUCUUGUCAAUGUCAACCAGGGAAGUUUUCAGUGCACCGGUUUUAAUUUAGCACAAAAUUGGGAACGAACAGAGGGCGUAUUCAAAUACACAUUCCCUGGACCUGGGCCAUUUGAAAUUGCGUUUUCUGGCGGAGCUUGGAUAGUCGAAGUUGGUGCGGGGAGCUGGAAACUUCAGACGACAGUUGAUCUACGAGACCGUUCGGACACUUCUGCUCCUAAUCACAGUCCUAUAAUACCAUCCAAACCUGUUUAUUUCAUCAAAUACGGUUGCACUGGUGAUAUUGUUCUACCAACUAUUGACGCGGAUAACGACACCGUAACGUGUAGAUGGUCUGUUGGAAACGAAUGCUCGGACAUAUGCCAUGACAACGGACAUGCACAAAUUGCAACACUAAACGAGGAGACAUGUACUCUAAUAAUAAACGCAAACUUAAAGAUAAAUGGUACAUAUGCAGUGGCAAUAACGAUAGAGGAUAGACCAAAGGCAACGAUUACAAUUGGAGGAAGUUCCUAUCCUGCUGGAACUAUUAUAUCAUCUGUACCUCUUCAGUUUAUUCUAGUUACGCCGGAUAUGCCAUCAAGAAAUUGCGACGACAAACCCGAGUUCGUUGAACCGACUCCGUCUCAGACAGACCCUCUUGUGUUCCAGAUUGGAGAUGUGGUUUUUCUAAGUUUUUAUGCGACUUCGCGUUCUGCAAGAAUCACCGCCUUCACGCUGCUAGACCCGCCUUUAAAUGUGCAGCAGUCAGCUCUGAGAAAUGACGAUAGGUUCCGCCCGGGCGUGUUCGCUGUUGACCUUUCUUGGAUCCCCACUGGGGCCGAUAUAGGACAGAAAAAGAUAUGCGUUGAAGCAACGGAUGAAUACUUGUUGAGCCAUCAGCAUUGCGUAACAGUGACAAUCGCAACCGUUGACCCGUGUAUCAAUACGCUCUGUCAACACAACAGCACUUGCAUUAGACAUGGGUAUACAUAUUUAUUCAGAUGCGCAUGUGCACAUGGGUAUACAGGAAGUCGUUGUGAAACAGAUAUUGACGAAUGUACCAGCGCUCCAUGUCAGAACAACGCCACAUGUUUUGAUUUGAUCAACGAAUACUUCUGUGGUUGUCACGUGGGAUACAGCGGAGUUAAUUGCCAGACAGAAAUAGACGAAUGCUUACUGCGCCCAUGCCAUAAUGGAGGAACGUGCAAAGAUCACAUUGGCUGGGCGAAAUGCACUUGCAAACCGGGAUUUACUGGCGAGGUGUGCCAAACAGGAUAUGACAUUUGCGAGUCCAUGCCGUGUCAAAACGGGGCACUUGUUCCUACCAUGUGUCUUUCGGCUACACAUGCCAAUGUGGGGAUAGCUGGCUUGGAAGGAAUUGCGAGCACCGAUUUGAAAUGA